UAAGAGCACACAACCUAAUAGUUUUUAGCAGAAUUACUGUGAGUGCAGAAGUUUGCAGUUCUUGCUCACCUGCAGCACCCCAAAUAACAGAUUACCAGGAAGUCCUUGGGAGGUGGAGUUCUGAUUUCCUCCUCCAUACAUCCCCCUGUCACUUCCAGCAUCUCGGUACUCCAGACCCAAGGCUGAGUCAGAUCCUGGGGAGUCUUCCCCGAUGAAAAUGCACAAGUUCAAAAAUAAAAAUAAAAACAAUUGCAUGAAAACAAUACAACUCCAACACUUCCAGUUCAGGAAGCUUAGUGACCGGAGGACGCUCUGCUUAAACAAUUAGGCUCCUUAUCCCGUCAGUGCGUCUGAGGGACAAGCCAACCACUUAAGCUACGAUUAUCUUAAAACUGUCCAAGUCAGCUGCUUGUCUGACACUGCAGGAAUUUAAAGAGCUGAGCAGUAGAUAAGCAGGCAGUGGAGCAGCAGCCCUGUUCUCCCUGGGAGGAGAGCUCCAUGAGUUCGUCUGACGCAGCAAGAAAUCAGGCAGGAGUGAUGAGCUACCUGGAUGAAGUUCCCUUCAGGAUGGCCCUGAGCCUCGACGGGGACUCGGGGGGAGAAAUCCCCUUAAUCACCGCCCCGGACAUCGAGGUCCUCGACUGCACCGACAUCCUCAUGAGCACCAUGCAUGACUUCUCCCUGGAAAGGAAAGUGCUUUACUGGGUCGAGGUGGCCUCUCAGCAGCAAACCUGCCGGCACCGGGUCACCUCCGAGGUCGUCCCCACAGCCCCGCCGUGCUGGCUGCUGCUGGUGGACCCCGCUGACAGCUACGGGGGCCGGGCGCGGGACGCGGCGGUGCGGCGCUCCAUCAGCAUGAGCGCCGCCGACACCUCCUACGGGCACGCCAGGGGCAGGGCGGGCCUGUCCGACACCGAGAGCGAGACCUGGCACUCCGAGGAGGGCGACUACUCGGACGAUGAGUACUCCUCGACCUCCCUGGAGGAGAAUGACAAGGAUGAAAAGCUCCUCUCCAGGAGGAGAAGCUCUGGGAGAAGCGUGGCUUCACGUCUCAGCUUUUACCAGACCCGACCAAAGACAUCGCCUGGCUUGCUGGAGCCCUCACCAGAGAAAAAUGUCCACAGCCCAGCCAGCCCGGACCCCAGCAAGCAGAGAAGAUCCAUGGUGAUAUUUAACAACAUGAAGAAUGAGCUGGAGGCAGCCAGGAGGAAGCUGGCUGCUCUGGUGCAUCCUUUGAACAGAGCUGCCAUGGGGGGCAGGGGGAUCCCGGUGCCACGGCUGCUCCCGCAGUGUCCCGGCACCAACCGCGGUGUCAAGUACGGGCCAGCCCAGGACGUGUCCCAGCUGGGGACCUUGGUGCCAACUCCUCCUGCCACACCUGCACCAAUCCCACCCAUCAAGCGGCACAAACCCACAGUGCCGUCCCUCAGCCCCUACACCUGCCUCCCCCCUGCCUGCACACCUGGGAGACCCCUCAGCUCCCUCAGAUCCCAGCCAGAUUCCUCGGCUGACCUGCUCUCCGCUCUGAGCCAAGAGGAGCGAGACCUCAUCGAGCCCGUCAUAGCCCUGGGCUACCCCACGCACAAAGCCAUCCUCACCCUCCAGAAGACGGGAAGGCAAAGCUUAAGUCAGUUCCUGAGCUACCUGGGUGCCUGUGACCGGCUGCUGAAGCAGGGCUACGAGGAAGGGCAGGUGGAGGAAGCCAUGGAAAUGUUCCAGUACUCGGAGAAAAAGGCAGCUGAAUUCUUGCAUCUGUUGGCUCAGUUUAACGAUAUGGGUUUCCAGCAAAAUGAAAUCAAAGAAGUUCUUUUGCUUUGUGGGAAUCAGAGGGAGAGGGCGCUGGAAGAGCUCGUGAUGAAAACCCACUGAGCAGCACCCUGGACCCAUCACAGCUUCCCCUCUCCAGACUGCACCAGAAGGACUCGGGUGGUUCUGCUGCUCCAUCCCCACCCCUGGAAACAACCAGUCAUGGACCUUCACAGCUCUUCUUUGGUGUCUCAUCUCAUUUUAUGGACAUCCAUCAUAAGAGUGUUUAUCAUUCAGGCACCGACUUCAUAGGAGGAAUAUUUAUCUCCUCACCCACAUGUCCCCACCCUGAUCAUCUCAGCUGUUCAGAUUAGAUGAAAUAAGAUCCAAACCGCCUUCGGCUUAGAUUUUUGCAAAACCCAAACCACAGUGUUCUCCCUCCACCUGGGUGUCAUGUUUUCGGCUACAAUCAAAUGUGGAUUCUUAAGAGAUUAUAUAAAUCAUCAGAAGAAAUUGUUUUCCUAAAAUCUGAAGGAACAUGUGUUGGUCCUGGCUUGGUAAGAGUCUCAGCUGACUUAGUCAUGAUUGAAUAUUGUAAUUGAAAUCCAGUUUGAUCACAUUAGCUUCUCCGUUUAAACCAGAAAUGUGAGAAAAAUACACAAUUCCAUGAGGGUAAGGAAAGAAAACAGGCUGCCCUUGCUCUGAAAUACAUGAGGUUGAAUGCAAAAUGGUGGAGGUAAGAGUUUGUCCUCAGGGAACUUCCUGAAAUCAGAACAGAGAGAUGGGGAACUGCUCACUGCCCUCAUGCUCUGCCCAAAUCAGGAAAAUUCAGGGGAUGCUUCCCUAAACUGUGAAGACAGUGGCUCCAAAUGAAGUUAAGCAUGAAAGUCAGCAUCGGGAACAUCUGGAUGCUCAGGGGAAUUUCUGUAUGUAACUGAAGGACAGAGAAUGGGAUGUGUGUCUUGGCUUGGCACUGGAACAGUGGACAGUGUUUUCACAUAAAGUAUGUUAUUUUCCUGUGAAUUAGAUACAGAUGUAAUUUCUUUGAGUAAAGAUGCUUGGGGGGGUUCUUCUGCAA